GUGGCAACGUCUUUCAAAAUACAAGUAAAAUAAAAUUGUCGCAAUGUCGCUGACCGAUGUAUUUGAAUUAAAUAAAUCGGAGCUAUUUGCGAAAAUACGUAAUGGCUUACCAAUUGUGCCGCGAACUCAAAAUCUGUUGGACUGCAAGGAUGAUCUGCUAUAUGGAUGGGACUCCAACGAUUCCUGCCUGCUGGUCACAAAUUGGCGCGUCGCGUUGCUUGAACCUGAACCAAAGCGUGCCAAAGUCGGUUUCCAAACGCUGAUACCAUCCAACACAGUUGGUCUGCAUGUGGAUCGUGUGCUGGUGUCAAACGAAGGUUCCCUUGUGGCAUUGAGUGGACCAAAAGGUGUCUCAAUCUUGGAGGUACCACGACGCAGUGGCCCGGAUGGCAAUUUUAUGGAUGGCAAGCCAAAAAUCACGUGUCGCACAUAUUCACUGGAUGCGCUGCUGCUCCAAAACAAUCCACAACUGGAAAUCCGUCAGCUGCGUUGGCAUCCGGACGCCGUCUCCGACUCGACGCUGCUUGUGCUGCUUUCGAACAAUACAAUCCGUGUGUACAACCAUACAAAGCUGCGUCAUGUGUGGAAAGUGGGACCACAUACAGUGAAAACCGGUGCAAAUACGUCCCUUUCGGACUUUGGUGAAAUCUCUGUUGACUUUGACAUUGCACCCGCUAUUAAGUCUCGCGAAGCAGACACUACUCUUACACACAUAACCACAAACAGUUUGAACCAAAGCAACAAGACCUUGGCUGCAGCGAAGAAGGAGGCCAAGAAGGAGAAGGUCGAGUGGCCCAUUGUUAUAUUGCGGGAGAAUGGUAACAUCUACAUAUUGCUCGCCGGCAUCGACUCGGAGAUGACACGGCUGCAAGGGCCUAUAACAAUAUCACCGCAGACAAACGCCAACUACGGACUGGAGUCGUGUGCUCUCUUGAUCAUACCAUCUUUGCCACCAACUGUGAUCAUUGCCGAAUCAACUGGAAAGCUACACCAUGCUCUCUUAUUAGAGGCAGAGACAACGGAGCGAUCUUUUAGUGAAGUGGAUGAAUGCCUGCUCAUUGAGCCGUCCGAGUGGACACUUCAUGUCACGGAGACCGUUGAGCUCGAGUUGGGCCUCUCUGCAGGAACUGCUAAUGGAACAGGCGAAGUCUAUAGUUGUCCCAUACACUUGAAACGUGAUCUCGUCAAUGAGAUGCGUUACUUUGCCUGCCACAAUGCUGGCUUGCAUAUUAUAACUAUUAACUUUAUAUCGGAGUUACAGCGCUUCUUGGACAGCGAGGUGGAGGACAAUCAACUGGUAUUAUCAACUCCCUCCAGCGCUGAAUACAUUUUGUGCACCAAAUUCGAUUCAAGUGAUCGCACAAAUGCUGUCUUUGGCAUCUCUUUACUCCAAAUGCCUGCCGGACUUGUUCUAUUGCUGAGCAGCGGGCAGGUGAUCAGCCUGAAACUAGUUAUCGAUGCCCAAUUGCUGGUUACGCAAAAGGAUCAAAUGCUGCGCACGGCAAAAGAUGCUGCACUGGAACAACAAGGCAUGGGUCCAUCUUUUGUGGAAACAAUCAAGGCAUUGCUUCAACGUAGCGUCAGUCAGCCAAUUCUUGCUGACAAGUUGGCUACUCCGUCAGCUCAUGAACGCUACGAGUUGCUCAAUCAGGCAAUCGAGGUGUUGCGAUCCCAAUAUCUAAAGCGUCAUGAACUUGUCCGCGCUGAGUUCGCCAAGCGCAUCAAUUGUAUUAAGCUGCAAAAGAAACAGCAACUGGAGGAGAUCAAGAGUCUGGAGAAGGAACGCGAAAUUAUCAGUGAACGUGCCCACAAGCUGGCCGAGCGUUUUGAGGAAAUAAGCGACUAUCAGGAUCUUCUUGUCCGUCGUUGCCAAAGGCUGAUGCAGGAGGCCAACACGAAGCUGCCAAACAACGUUGUCGCUGAGCGUGAAUUUGCUGUAGAGGUGGUUCGCAUCAACAAGGCCACAAAGACAAUGGCUGCUGCCUUGGACACGGCUAAGAAGACGUCGAACAAACAGCGUUAUCAUAUUGCCAAGUCUCAGGAGAAUGGCAAAGUCAAGACUUAUGAGCUACCAGAGAAACAGCAUCGUACCAUUACCGAGAUCUUAACCCAGCUGUCCAGUGAGAUUGAUCGCCAAAUAACUGAUGUCAAGCGAAUUAAUAAGAUUGUGGGCACAUAAUUAAAAUGAACAGUCAAUCAUGAAUGUAUGCUUUUCUCUGUUAUUAAACAUUAAAUUUAUAAUAAUCUUUAAUUCUUAAAUGUCAUAAUUGAAAGUAUUUCUACAUUUGAUUCGACCUCUUCAAUAUAUGUAUGCCUUUAUAAAAUAA